AUGAGCGACCUCCAAAAGUCUUUCGCCAAAUCACGGCUUGCAAAGCUGCCGCCUGAGGUGCCAGUAUUUGAUGAGAUUACUGAAAACCGAUCCGGUCCUGAGGUAUAUAAUGAUCAUCAUGAGGACGAUUCGUCGUCAGCGUCGUCGGCUUCCUCCACGGGUACGAUAGUGCCCUCGCAGAGCCAGAAGUUGUUUGAGCGUGGGUCUGGGUCAAAUUUCGUUGCUUCUCCAUGGAAUGACUUCUUUGAAACAGAACUUUUCAUUGAGGAUGAUAUGGAUGGACUUCAUAUAAAUCAUCACGUCUACUUCACUUCCCCUACCAAAUCCGGCCCCCUUUUCGUCACGCAUCACGGAGCAGGCUCAUCUGGUCUAUCGUUUGCUGCUUGUGCUGCCGAAAUCAGACGAGCUCUACCAACAGCUGGCAUUUUAUCAUUAGAUGCCAGAAGCCACGGGCUUACAACACAGAGUUCAACCGAUUCGCAGAAACACGAACAAGACCUAACACUGGAAACCCUAAGCCGUGAUCUUAUAUAUAUCGUCAAGCAAACCAAGGAAAAGCUAAAAUGGGAUUCUAUUCCCCCACUUGUUCUAGUUGGUCACAGUCUCGGAGGUGCUGUGGUUACCCAUGUUGCGAAGAGUGGAGAACUAGGCUCGAAUGUUUUAGCUUAUGCCGUGCUUGACGUCGUAGAGGGUUCUGCAAUCGAUGCACUUCAGAGUAUGGAGACAUACCUUUCUACCAGACCGUCAAGCUUUCCAUCUCUAGCAUCGGGUAUUGAAUGGCAUACUCGAUCUCGCACGAUACGCAACACAGCUUCCGCGCGAGUAUCAGUCCAAGGUCUUCUGCGCGAAGAACCAUCUAUAGACUCCCAUGUAGCCGCAUCUUGGAAAUGGCGUACAGACCUUGCCAGGACGAAACCCUUUUGGGAAAACUGGUUCACAGGUCUCAGCAAGAAAUUUCUAGAGGCUCGUGGAGGUAAACUGCUUCUUUUGGCAGGAACCGAUAGACUAGAUAAGGAGUUGAUUAUCGGACAGAUGCAGGGGAAAUAUCAACUCCAAGUUUUCCCUGAGGCUGGCCAUUUUAUCCAUGAAGAUCAGCCUGUUAAAACCGCACAGAUAUUAGUCGACUUUUAUAAACGCAAUGACAGAAGUGCCCUUGUUCUCCCUCCCAAAGUCAGCGAUAUGUUAGCCUCCAAGGAUAGCGCGCAAAAAUGGGGUCUUAAGAAAUGA